UCAAUCCAAAACAUGCGCGCCUUUCGCAGUGCCAUUGGCUCCCUGCCGUGGUUGGUGCUGACCGUGUCUCGCUUCGCCAAUGCCGACUGCGAAUGCGGCUACUCGGUCAACAAGACUUCCGACGCCCACUUCGGUCUCUUCACCGAGCUCCAGGAGAACGAUUUCCUUCACCACAAAGGCGACAACGUAACCAAGUUCGGCUGGAGACCACAGGAAUUCAACGUAUCCAAGGGCGACUCCACCAACCCCUACGGCAAGGACUUCGAACUGCACAACCUCGAGCUUAACCCGCUCAAGGACGCCCAGAGUUGGUCUGGGGAAAGCGAGAAUGGCGGCGAUGCCGGCUUGAAGUUGUGGGUUCGCGGCGAUCAUUCGCACGGAUAUGUGAGUAGCGCAGAGCUGGCCAGUGUCCGGAGCGAUGUGCUAUAUGGCAGUGUUCGCGUGGGCAUGAAGCUGGGUCAGACCGGCACGUGCGGUGCUUUCUUCUACUUCUUCAAUAACUCGCAGGAGAUCGACAUGGAGUUUCUUUCUAGGGAAUUCAACAACUCCCAGGGCGCCGUCAACCUCGUCUUGCAAUCACCCGAAACCGCCAUUACUCACGAUGCUGUCAACAGCUCUACCUACCACGUCCAACACCUCGACUUCAGGCCCGACCGGGGCUUCCACGAGUACCGUUUCGACUGGACUCCAAACAGGGUCGCCUUCUUCAUCGACGGCGAAUUCGUCUACGAUAUGACUGAGAACAUCCCGUCGGUUGGUGGGCAUCUUCAAAUGAAUCACUGGAGCAACGGAAACCCGCUAUGGUCCGGCGGUCCACCCAACGAGGAUACGCCCAUGACCAUUUCCUACGUAAAGGCCUACUUCAAUUCCUCCGAAACCGCGCCCCACGAAACCUACAAGGAGAGAUGCCCGACCCUCGAUCCCGCAAAGGUUUGCCAGAUCCCCGAUCAAUCAAAAGCCCCCAACGGCAACGACGCCAAAACCUACUUCUUCAGUCAGGACGGGCCAGGCAAAACACCUGGACAAGAAACUUUCACGCUCACCAGCAAGGCCUCUAAUUCUCUCGCCCCUUCGUUACCGCUGUCGAUAUCUGUCAUCGUUGCAUUGUUUGGCUGGGCUCUACUCUGAUGAGGCCAUCCACAAAAACCUUUGAUAGCCACGGCUAUCCACUCUUUUAUCCAGCCCUGAGGCUUCACACACAGCAUACUACAUGCACAAUAUUUCCUUGAUCAACCACCCUAAAACCAGGUCCGCUCUCUAUAUCCGAGAGCGCUUUUACGAAAGACACAAAGGCGUUUUAUUCCCGGGCCACACCAUAAGCAUACUACCUAUAUCACCUUGUUCUCCCCUACCGACCAUCAUCCUCCGCCUACUUUCGAUGGACUAUUCACCGGUCGUUUAAACCUAUAUGCUAAUACGUAUUAUUAUUCCCCUUCUUGUACACACUUUUGAAUUUUCUUUCUUCUACCAGUGCCCAAUACCUCACAAUGGGUGGUGGGGAAAUGUUACGGCCUGUUUUCACCGAUGCCCAAUGGCUACUACUGCCACCAGCAAAGGCUUCUUUACUUCUUUGGUUUCCCUGCGGAGAUCCGUUUUUUUUGUUUUUGUUUUUCGUUUUGGAGGGGCUCGGGCUUACGUUUACGAUGUGCGGCACUGUUGUUUUCUAUUGAUACCACUGUUUUU